AUCAUCAUCCUCAUCUUAAUUUCUCUCUCAAGAAGGAAUUGCUGCCAUGGCUGCUCCAAUGUUCUUAACAAAACCAACAUCAUCGUUGACUCUAAUUCCUUCCAAUCGAUCAUUCUUCCUUUUAUUACCUUCAAUCUUAGCUUUCAUGGGUACAAUCUUCAUCUUCUACUACACAUAUUCAACAACUUAUCUAAUCACAGAUCAAGAACAAUACGCUCACUUUCAUUCUCAAUUCACCAAACUUCCACCACCUAAUUCUUCAUCAUCAUCAUCAUCAUCAUCAUCAUCAUCGCCGCCGACGACCAUCCUCAAAGCUCUUACAUUUCCGACCAAGAAGAGUUCUGUUCUCCAAAUCCUUGAUGACUCGCCGCCGAUGAACAUCAUCAUCACUACUACCAAGCUUGAUCAACAAUCAUUCUCUACACCUCCGGUACCGGAUAUUCAUGGAGCCGCCACCGGCGGUGGUGAUCAUGUACCUGAAGAACCCAUUAACGACCGGCGAACCGGUUACAUCUCAAAAAGGAAUGAUCGUGAUAAUAGUAACAGUAAUGUGACCGAUAUAUAUCAUGAUAGAGAUAUUUUCAUGGAGAAUUACAACGAAAUGAACAAAAGUAUGAAGAUAUACAUAUACCCACAUAAGCGAAACGACCCUUUUGCUAAUGUGUUACUUCCGGAAGCUUCCGAACCUGGAGGUAACUAUGCAAGUGAAGCUUACUUCAAGAAGGCACUCACAAAGAGCCAUUUUGUAACUCGAGAUCCUUCAAAGGCAGAUCUCUUUUUCCUCCCUUUCUCGAUAACGAACAUGCGAAAUGACAAAAGAAUCGGGGUUGGAGGCAUACCGAAUUUUGUGAGAGACUAUAUUUAUAACGUGAGUCACAAGUAUCCUUAUUGGAAUCGAUCGGGAGGCGCAGAUCAUUUCUAUGUGGCUUGUCACUCUAUAGGGAAGAUAGCCAUGGAUAAAGCCAAUGAAGUGAAGAUAAAUGCUAUACAAAUUGUUUGUAGCUCAAAUUAUUUUGUCAAUGGAUAUGUUGCUCAUAAGGAUGUUCCACUGCCACAAAUUUGGCCAAGACAAGUGGACCCUCCAAAUAUUGAACUAUCAAAAAGGAAAAGACUGGCCUUUUUCGCGGGUGCAGCUAAUUCUCCCGUUCGAAAACAACUUGUGUCUGCAUGGAAAGAUGAUUGGGAAAUCUUCGCCCAUGCAGGAAGACUAAAAACCCCUUAUGCCACGGAAUUUCUAAAGAGUAAGUAUUGCUUUCACGUGAAAGGGUUUGAGGUGAACACGGCUAGGAUAGGGGACGCACUUUACUAUGGGUGUGUCCCGGUAAUCCUGGCCGACUAUUAUGACCUCCCCUUUAACGACGUUCUGAAUUGGCGUGGAUUCUCGGUUGUGGUGGCAACAACCGAUAUCCCUUUAUUGAAGAAGAUUUUGAAGGGAAUAAGGCUCGAGGAGUACGAGGUUUUGCAAAGGAAUGUAAUGGAAGUGAGGAAGCAUUUUCAAUGGCAUUCUAUGCCGGUUGAGUUUGAUGCAUUUUACAUCACUAUGUAUGAGCUUUGGCUUAGGAGAGGUUCUAUUAGGGUUUCAACACUCUAAAUAGAAUA